UUUCAUUUCUUUCACUUCUUCGAAUUACCCGAUUCCGGCCCAGUCCCCAAGGGGACGUAGCGCCACUAACUCAAAGGCUCUAGAUUAACCAAGAGGAAGACGAAGCGAGGCCACAUCGCGGCGCCGGCGAGGCAACAACAACAACGACUAAAUUUGCCCGGGAUGACCUGAUCUCCAGGAACCAUGAGCGUCAUCGAGCUCCCGCCAAGGGCGGCCGACUCGACGGCAGGUGCGCUCGUACCGUCGCCACCGCCACCGCCGUCGCCGCCGUUCUUGCUGCGGGCGCUACCGCUGUGCACCGUAGGAAGCGACACGAAGGCCGGCCCCAGCACGGGUUUCCCACACCGGAUGAUCGGUGGGGGGCCGAGCAGCGCGUUGACUGCCUACCAGGAGCACGCGGCUGUGCUGAGAGACCACCUGGUCGCCGUCGAGGACUCCCUGGACACCGUGCCGCCCGAAGACUAUCCGCAGCUCAAGAAGGCGCUGCUGGAGGUGAGCAAGAUGAUCUCCCAGAUGGAGUCGCUGGCCGACACACUCGCGGAGAGGCGGCUCAGCCUCAAGAACGAGCUGCGCACGCUGCAGGACGAGAACGUCCAUCUGCACGGCGCACUGGUCCGCGAAAGACGCAAGGCGCACGGCAGGGACCGCAGGGGUUCAGUCACCAACCGAGGGGGACGCAGGAUACCGCCGCCGAUCCUGCCAAGACGUGACAGUAGCUUCAUCUUCAACUCGAUGCGACCGUUCAUGUUCCCACCGUCACCUCCGAGGUACCAGCCGUUCAGCGACACCGAUUCCUGUGUGAUAGAUUUCACUUUUGAGGCCACCGGUAGCAGCGCAUCGACGUCCAGGGUCAUUCCCAGCACGGGCGGCAGUCCUGGACCUUCGGGAACAUCGCGUAGGGGCCGCGGACUUUCUCGAGGCGGCCGCAGUGCUAGCCACGUCGCAGGCGCCAAAAGGUCUGCAAGCUCGAAGAGAGGCCGCGGUUCGGCGAUGAGGUCAAGACCGAGACCCUCCCUGAGGACGUUGACCGGCAACGACAGCAACGCCAGUUCGAGCUCCCCCGCGCCCACCUCGCCUGGGUUCGCGCUGCUCGCGGGACCGCCACUGGCGAUGUCACCGUUAUCACUCUCGCCGGAACCGAGGUCCCCUGUGGGCCAGAACGACAUCAACGAUCUGAACAACAGGCUCAACAACCGCAACAACAAGCUCGCCGGCAAGAAGUUGUUCUCGAUCUUCGACUCGUGCCCGUACCUCAACUGAGGAGAAGUCUGUCGCGGGAAGGGGAAGGGUAACUAAUACCAACCGCACGACUAUUGUCACACCUAUGCGGUCAGCUGGACCUUUUCUGAAACAACGGGACCGUCUCCUGGUGAAGACAAGUUGCUUCUUGAGGACGUGGAAUACCUGAAGUGUUGAAAUCAAGAGCUGCGAAACGACGGUGUCGUAAAAAUGCCACAACGCGCCAAGAAAAUUUUUCGGCGGAGAUCCUAAUCUUAAUGCGUUCGUGUUAAGGUUCCAGCCCGAGAAACGAAGAUACGUGGUGGUACCCUUUUACAAAUCAACACUAGCCUGCGUUGACGUGCCUUGAUAGUCGAGCAACCAAUGAAGAAAAAUUUGUUCUGCGGGUUUCAGCUGUUGGAUCGCAAGCUGGAAUGGCGGUUGGAGGACUGUUAGUAUACCUGCAGAUGACUGUGCGGUCACGUGGACGUCUUCCGAAAAAGCCAGACCCUCUCCGGUCGAAGGCAUGUUGGCUCCUUGAAAACUGGGACACGCAAAUAGUGUAGGAAUAAGGCGCAGGAUGACGAAAACAUAAAAUUUCAUUAUUUCACCAUGCGAAACGAAAUCUUUGUUCCGUACAGUUCCCAAUCAGCGAAACCUGAUGUUAAUGAUGAGGUUCGUGCCACAGAGAAAAAAAAAUACGCGGUGUUAACCCUUUGUGAGCAACACUAGCGCGUGUCGUUGUUCCUUUACGGGCUAAGCAUCGAGGGCGGAUAAAUGUGUUAUCGUGUUGCUUGCCACGCUGUUCGUGAAUUUGUUUCACUGAGGAAGCACGUGCGUUCGUUUAAAAUUGCGUUUACCGAUUGGCGUGGCGUAGUGGCUUGGACGUUGCGCUGCUGAGCCCGAGGACGCGGGUUCGAAUCUCGGCCGCGGUGGCUCCAUUCCGAUGGGU